CAUAUUUACCUUAUUGGCCAAACAAAAUUAAGGAAUAUUAUUAAAUAUAAACAUAGCGUCAAAGCAGUCUUUAAAUGCUAAAACAACAUUUGAUAUGAAUUACCAGCAAAACAUGCAAACAUCUUAAAAGAAAAGGCAUGCGCAUUGAAGAACUGUAAAAACUUCAAGCAGAAACUUAAGACUACUCACAAACAUUUUAGGAAGAAUCAAAUAAUUUUGGAUUAAGAGUCUGCAAAGAUAAUAUUAAAUAAAAGGUGUCGUGCGAUUCAAACGAAAAUGACAAAUCGCUACUAUGUAGAUCGGGAAAAUUAUGGGCCCGAAUUCGAUGAUCGUUUGAUUAAGCUAGUGCGAGCUCAUCCAGCCAUAUAUGAUAUACACCAUCCACAUUAUCGUAGAAAUCCUGUGCGUAUACAAAUUUGGAGUAAAAUUGGCAAAGAAUUAGGAGCUCCUUCACGUUUCUUGCAGACAAAAUGGAAAAAUAUACGUUAUAAUUAUCUACAAGAAUUAAAGAGCCUAGAAACAGGACAACAUAAUGCCAAUAUACGUAAAAGAAGAUUUACAGAAGACUUAUCAUUUUUAAAGCAAGCUGCACUGGGUUAUACCCCAAAGCGUGAGAAGAGUAUUAGCGGCCAGAAAACGAAUUACAGCAGUUCAGACGCGGAUAGUAAUAGUCAUAUAUUCCCUGAUAAUUAUAUGGCAGCCCAUUCUAACUUUGAGGUAAUAGAGAUUGAACAUAGCGAUGAAGAAGGUGAAGAGUUUUCGGAUUCUAAACCAUUUUUGGCUCCAGUAAAUGGCAGCUCCAACGGUCCCGACGAUGCUUACGAAACGCCCGAUCAACCAGAAGCAACGAAGGCGACAGAAACCAAAUCUAAUGUGAAAUCAGUCAGAACAAAUCCUCAAGCUCAAAUGAUAGUCCCAACAUCGCCAGAAGAAGAAAGGAAAAUAAAGACCACAACUUCGCCUAGCCAUUCCGAUGCUUCAAAUCGUUCCUCUCCGUUAUUGACACCCAUUAUGAACGCAUAUAAUAGUGAAUCCGAACCAAAUGAAAAGGAGACUGUCAGACAUAUUAACGGAUCAGAACGAGAUGUUAAUGGUACUACUAGUAAUUUAACACGAGAAGUGACUAUAGAGCCAUUAGCAAAGAGAACUCGUCCGAAUCCUGUACCACCCGAGGAGAUCAUGUCAAACGUAGCUAAACGCAAAGCUAUACAAAUUCCGAAUUUGCCUGCACUAACACCUAUUAACGAUCCAAUUGAAUUAUAUUGUUUAUCUCUAGUGGAUUCUCUACGCGCUAUGCCUCGUUCAGAACGAGAGCGAGUUAAAUACGAAUUCGCAAAAAUACUUAAGGAUGCGACAUACAGAGAUUAUUCAUAGAAUUUAUAAAAAACCCAAUUUUAUCAUUAGAAAUCGUCAUAUUCGUAGAGUCAUUAUAAUUUCCUGUAGAUUAAGUGUAAGUAAUAAUAAGAUUUCAGCCAUCUUUUAUAAAAAUAAGUAUUAUCUUAGACAUAACAUUUUAAGUGCAGUUAAAAGCAAACUGUAAAUCAAUAAAAGUAAGCCUAGUCCUCAAUAUGGUUGUCCAAUAUGCCGAGCAAGGUGAUAUUUUUAGAUCUACACAAUUAUGGCACUAAAAACUAAAGAAAAAAGAAUUUUUUAAUUUUGAAGUUUUCUUUUUGCAUAUUAACUAUUUUUAGUAUUACGACAUAUUCUUC